AUGUCUAAUCGUAUCUAUCUAUCUAUCUAUCUAUCUAUCUAUCUAUCUAUCUAUCUAUCACAUUCUUUCAUUAGCGCUCUGUGUGUCUAUUCAUCUAUCUAUCUAUCUAUCUAUCUAUCUAUCUAUCACAUUCUUUCAUUAGCGCUCUGUGUAUGUCUAAUCGUAUCUAUCUAUCUAUCUAUCUAUCUAUCUAUCUAUCUAUCUAUCACAUUCUUUUCAUUAGCGCUCUGUGUAUGUCUAUUCGUAUCUAUCUAUCUAUCUAUCUAUCUAUCUAUCUAUCUAUCUAUCUAUCUAUCUAUCUAUCACAUUCUUUUCAUUAGCGCUCUGUGUAUGUCUAAUCGUAUCUAUCUAUCUAUCUAUCUAUCUAUCACAUUCUUUUCAUUAGCGCUCUGUGUAUGUCUAUUCGUAUCUAUCUAUCUAUCUAUCUAUCACAUUCUUUUCAUUAGCGCUCUGUGUAUGUCUAUUCGUAUCUAUCUAUCUAUCUAUCUAUCUAUCUAUCUAUCUAUCACAUUCUUUUCAUUAGCGCUCUGUGUAUGUCUAUUCGUAUCUAUCUAUCUAUCGAUCUAUCUAUCUAUCUAUCUAUCUAUCUAUCUAUCUAUCACAUUCUUUUCAUUAGCGCUCUGUGUAUAUCUGUUCGUAUCUAUCUAUGGCGGUUUCUCGUCUAUCUAUCUAUCCAUUUUCCUAUUUACUAAACACUGUCUUGACGACAAAUCAAUUCUCAAAUAA